AUGAAGCGGUUUUUUUCUGGUUCAACGCAGAAGCACGAUGAAUACGUCCAGGACAGAAUUGCAACAGCUGAAUCUCAGGGAGAGAUUAGUCCGGAACUGUCGCCCAUAGUAACUCUGCUGUCUGCGCAAUCAUACCGUCGGUACAACGAGGGCACUUUCUUGAUCCUGAAGGAUCUUGACGGUGAGGGAAAACCCGCGGAUCGCACCUGGAGAGAAGUAUAUGGUGUUCUGAUUGGUGUCCAGCUGGCAGUUUGGGAUGCAUCCCAUAUCUCGCGCUCCCAGGGUAACGAGGAAGAGCUCAUCAAGGAAGUUUCCAAACCGUCUUAUGUGAACUUCGCCGACGCCUCUUUCAAGGCUGUUGAGUCCAUGCAAGUGAACUCAGGUUCAAUCCAAAACGUCAUUGUGGUAUCAACAACACUGAAAAACAGGUACCUGAUUCAGGUUCCUUCUCCCCAACAGUUCGCCAGAUGGGUUUGUGCCUUCAGACUUUCCACAUUCGAAUACACCGCUCUCCAAGAGGCAUACACAGCUGCAUUCUUAUCAGCCAGAGGUUCAUAUUUAUCUGAUAUUCGUGUUGUCUUGGCUGAGACCAAGUACGAGCACGAGGAAUGGAUCUCUGUGCGGUUCGGUGUGGGUGCUCCAUGGAAAAAGUGUUUCACAGUCAUCGAGCCGGCAACUUCGAAGCGCAACAAGUUUGUGCCUGGUCGUAUUCGUUUCUACCAGAACGAAAAGAAGAAUAAGAAAGCCGUCCUGGCCACCAUAGUGGCUGCUUCUGCCAUGUACGCGGUGUAUCCUCAAUCGCCUGUUCUGAUCGACAAGAGUACUAUGAUCAAGCUCAAUGGAUCUAUUACAUUCACCGACAAAGAGUCUCCAAAGGAGGCUUCUAUUUUUUUGAUGCCAGACAUUCAUUCCUCUGUUCCGUUGUUUGACACACUUAUUCGAUUUCUGAUUCCAGCUUUUGACACUUUUGGGCUCUAUGGCCGGCCAAAGAAGCUCAACGCGGACAAAAGCGAUCCAGGGUCGCUUCUUUUUGGGCUUCCCGUCUUACCUCACGUUCAUUACUUGGAACUGGAUGAUCUUCUUCCUCUAGGGGCCAGUUCUACCUCUUCAACAUGGGACCACCACGAAUGGUCCAAUCAAAUCAAGAGAAUCCUCCAGACCAAAAGCCAGUCGGGCUACGAUGGAUGUGGAUCUGAACAGGGUCUUGAUGGUGCUAUGUCAGCCAUUAACAUGGGCAGAAACAGAUCGGCGAGUGGGACAUCGUCUCCCCUUUCCAACGCCUUUUUGCCCACGCCUAAGCUGGAUCAGGCAAGUCGCUUCUCACCUCUCAUUCAACAGAGCAACAUGUCUGAUCUGGCGAUGAGCGGUGAAAAGAGCGUUUCUUCUCGUUCUCCUGAGCCCGGUCUUGAAGCCAUCUAUAAGAAAUAUGCGGAAUUCCCCAAAGAAGAGACGUCCGGCAUCACCAGAGGUCUUGGUGGACUUGGACUCAACUCAGCAACCUCUCUUGGUGCAGACUCUACUGGCAGGCUCUCUGUUUCAUCUUCUGAUGAUCUUUAUCCGGGCUCUGGAGCAAGGCCUCAGGCUGCCGUUGCACCCAAAGAGUCCAAUAUUAGUAACAUCAUGUAUGACGACGAGAGCGACGAGGAAAGCGAUACUCCGAGCUGGAAGGCUUCUGAUGACAGAAUAGUCACCAACGUUCAGCCUGUAAACCAGACGAAGAUGUCGCUUCCUGUGACCGAUUCACACUCGAGCCUGGACGAUUUCUCUUCCCCUGCUCGUCCUCAAAACCCGAGCCAGCGUGUGUUAUCACCAUACUCAGACUUCCAUGAUCAGUUCAAUAAGUCCAUGGGCGACAACAUCACCUCCGAAAAACCAAGAAUUACCCAAUCAAAAGCUACAAAAGACCUGGGAACGUACCUGCGUCCCGAAGAUGCUCUUGGUUAUCAGCAGAAACGGUCCAAUCCCGAGAGCAAGCAGCUGCCCACGGUUCCGGCUCAAGCAAAUGUGAGGCCACUCGAUCAAAAUCCAUACGGAUCUGCUGCAGGCCAACCAAUCCACCAGUCGGACUCAUACGAAGAUUUGUAUGGGACUCAACAGGAAGAUCCUUAUGGACAACCCGAACAGAGUGCUCGCGUGGUUCUUCAACAGCCUCCAAAGAGUCAGUACAGUCAGGUCUCGAAGGCUCCACUCCAGAGCCCGUACGACAACAAGCACAGAGCGCCUUCAACGAACAUCGUUGAGCAAACUGCAGGCUACACCAAUCCAGAAGCUUACGGAGUUCCUCGGUCGGGCAGCGGAAAUGUUCAGGUUGCUUCCUAUGGAAAACAAUACCAAGCUUCUCCUCAAAGGGUUCAGCAACAGCCGGGUACUCCAUAUGGCCAACAGGCCCAAUAUCAGCCCCAACUGAACGUUCCACAUGGCCAGCCAGUUCAUCAACCCCCAUCACAGCAGUACUAUCAACAGCAGCCUCAACAGCAACAUCGCCAGCAGCCGCAGUAUCCACAACAGCAGCAGUACCAGCCUCAGUACCAGCAGCACCAACAACCUCAGCAACCUCAGCAACAUCAACAGUACCGGCAGCCACUAAGAUCACCUUACGGAGCUCCCUACGACCAACAACAGUCAGACGGCUUGAACUUUGGAGCUGGGACUCAGUCGCCAACCCAACGUCAGCGUCGUCCAAUGAAGCCCAUUCCUACUCAGGUUCCACAAUCAACUCGUUCGUUUGGAAAUGAUCCAUAUGCUCUGGCCACGGCUGCUGCAAAGAAGAACACUACCCAGGGCAAUCCCUACGCUAGGUGA